CAUUUCCAGGUAGUCCAGCAACCGUCAGGAACCAUUGUAAAGCAAGUAUCCACACUCCCGCAAUCCCCAACGCUGACCCUACAGACAUCUGCUGAGAAAAAGAUGCCACUGCAUACGCUUGUUCAAACUAACCAGUUUCCUGCAGGUUCCAUUCUGAAACAAAUUACCCUGCCAGGAAAUAAAAUUCUGUCAUUUCAAGCAUCUCCUGUUCAGAAACCUAAAGUAAAAGAGAAUGGAGCAACAUCCUUCAGAGAUGAAGAUGACAUAAAUGAUGUGACUUCUAUGGCUGGGGUCAAUCUUAAUGAGGAGAAUGCAUGCAUUUUGGCAACAAACUCCGAGCUCGUUGGUACGGUGAUCCGCUCUUGUGCAGAUGAACCCUUUCUCUCCUCGGAAGCACUUCAGGAGAAAAUCUUGAACAUAGGUAAAAUGCAUGACAUUAUGGAACUUAACUCUGAUGUUGUGAACUUGAUCUCCCACGCUACACAGGAGAGAUUACGAGGCCUCCUAGAAAAACUAACUGUAAUUGCUCAGCACAGAGUAUCAACCCACAAGGGGAGUGAUAGGUACAUCGUAUCUAGUGACACCAGAGCACAGCUGAAAUUUCUUGAAAAGCUUGAUCACCUAGAAAAGCAGAGAAAGGAUGAAGAGGAACGUGAACUGUUGCUUCGGGCAGCCAAGAGCCGUUCCAAUAAGGAAGAUCCAGAGCAACUGCGGUUAAAGCAGAAAGCGAAAGAGAUGCAACAAUUGGAGUUAGCCCAAAUGCAACAGAGAGAAGCCAACCUCACAGCUUUGGCAGCCAUUGGACCAAGGAAGAAAAGACCACUGGAUUCAUCAAACAUUGGAUCUGGGCUGGAGGGUUUGAAUGGCAAUGGAAUUGCUCCUGGAUCAUCGGGUUUUAGCCUUACGAAACAGCUGCUCUGUCCAAGAAUAACCCGCGUCUGUCUCAGGGACUUGAUAUUCUGCAUGGAACAAGAGAGGGAGAUGAAGCAUUCUCUAACCUUGUACCGUGCUCUUCUGAAGUGA